UCCGGUGCUGCUCCUCGUCCUCAAUCACGCCUCUGCUGCUAGUCUACGUUCACUGCAGGGUUGAAUUGGUUUUGAUGUUGUGAUUUUAGAUGUGCUCUUUUUUGUGUGAAUUAUUGAAAUGGGUUAUUGAAUUUUAAUUUGAUAUCAAAAGAAAUAUGCGUCCCUUCUUGCUCCUAUAUAUUUUUACAAACAAAAUUUCAAUUGCUCUUUUCUAUCGGAUAGCAACUUGACCUAGGCUUCGCAUCAUGUUGAACAGUAUGAACAAGGACUAAGCUAAAUGAAAUUGUAUCCCAAAUUUUUUCCCUCUCGCCCCCAAAAUUAUUAAUAUUAAUUUUGCUAAUUCUAUCCCCAAAAUUAUUAAUUUGAACUGUAUGAACUUGCCUCUCUUAGUAUAACUUAUACUCUGAUAAGAAAAUUUGCUAAUUAUGCAUAAUUUAGUGCAAUAAUUUUUUUUAGGUAGUGCCCCUCUGUAGGCACUCUAUUACUGAUUCAAUACUUUUAAGUUCAAAAUUUGACUUGGAAGAAUAGUUUCUAUCAUGACUUGAUUGUGUACUUCUGAUCUGUCCCUCCAUUUCUAUCUUUUUCUCUCUUGCAUUUUAGUAUUCUUGUAUGCACAUAUAUUGUAAAGAUAAUACAUCCUGUGCAUCCAUUGUGUUACCAUCCUUUCUCACUUUCAAUUAUAUUUAUGAUAAGAUUUAUCUUCAAUCCAUGUUUAGUUUAUUUUAUUUGGGUAUUUUGUUGAUUGUCUCUUGGAUGAUGUUUAGUUAUUAGUAAAGGUGGAUAAUAAGGAUAAAAAUAGUGAGUAUAGCUUUUACCAAAAUAAUUAUAUUUUUCAUAUCAAAUUAGAUGGAUUGACUGUGACUUGUAUGAUAUUGUAGACUAAUUGGGAGGGUGGUUACUGUCCACUUACACUCCACUUCAGCGAAGAUUAUCCUAGCAAGCCUCCAAAGUGUAAAUUUCCUCAAGCCAGGACCUGCUGGACCAACCAAAUCCUGCUGAUCCUGCACAAACUGAAGGUUAUCAUCUCUUUAUACAGUUUGCUGCAGCUUCCAGAGAAACGCAAGCUCAAUCUUUGAUUGGUAUUCUUUUACCCAUUGUGACUCCGUCUUUUUCUGCUAUGCUCUUUUUGACUCAUUUUCGUGCCCAUAUGGAGUCCCAAAUUCCCCCUUCAAAGAUUGCUCGUCUUGUAGACUAUUCUAGUAUUGGACAGACUAGUUGUUUGAACAUGGAGAGACAUGGAUACAACGGGGGUUCAGCAGGAUCACCACCAAUUGGGCUAGGCCUUGCGCUUGGACGUGGUGGUUCGACUGAUCACACACCAAUGCCAAUCCCUGCCUGCACUGGAUCUUACGGCUUCACCAUUCUGCAACUUCAAGAGCUACAACUCCAAUCUCUCAUCUACAAGUACAUAGAAUCCGGAUUCUCGGUCCCUUACCAUCUUGUUCUCCCUUUAUGGAAGAGUGUUCCUAGCUCCCUCAGCGGUUCCAAUUCGAAGUUGUAUCAACCCUACCCUUCAUCCAUGGGUGGUAGCAACAGCAUCCCAUUGCACUUGGAAUAUAAAAUUGGGAUGGACCCAGAGCCAGGGAGAUGUAGAAGAACAGAUGGGAAGAAAUGGAGGUGCAGCAAGGAGGCUCUCCCAGAUCAGAAGUACUGUGAAAGGCACAUGCAUAGAGGGCGUCAGCGUUCAAGAAAGCUUGUGGAAGCUAAUUCUGAAACCCUUAAUGCAAGCACCAACCUCUCGAUUUCACUUCCAUUCUCAAAUGAUGAUCCAUCAACUGGAGAAGUUGGAUUGAGGCCUUAGUUUCAAACAGGAGAAAAGGUUUUGUUGGUGAUAGCAUUGUCAGGUGGAGGAGGAUUCAGAAUUCGUGGGCUCCAGCAUUGUCUAAUUUUGCCUUUUCAAGUUCAAACAGGACAUGUUUGUUUUCCUAUUUGUUGUUUAUGGUCGUUGAUUUUUGGUGUCUCUGCUCAACCUUGUCCCCAGCUGAUUGAUUAAAUUUUGGUUUUGCAGUAGCAUAGCUUAUGGAAUAUGAUUUGCAUUUUAAUUGCUUCAUAUUGAUGUCAUGUACUUGCGCUUUUUCC